ACUUCUAAUCCUUCAAAUAAAACACGUGCUCACGAGAUAAAAUACGAUAAGGUGAAAGGACUAAAAAAGGAGUUUAAAGAACGGUGAUUGGUAGAAUGCGUCAGAUUUUAGCUAUGAUUUAUCAGUUUGGCACGCGUGUUUAUAAAGGCGUCGUGUGCGAAAGCCUUUAAUAGUUCAAAGAGCCAGUAAACGAGAAACAAUAACUGGACGAUUGAGAAACUUUCUCAACAUAUGUACAUAUGGGUAACGCUUGUACAAAUUUGCCUUCAGAUUAUGAAAUUGAAGUAAAAACAGGAGAUGUCAUGGGUGCAGGAACGAACGCCAACGUCUUUAUUAUCCUUAUUUCUGAGUCAGGAAUACACUCACGCGCCAUUAAGCUUGAUUGUCACUGGCGAAAUGACUUUGAAAAAGGUAAUAUCGAUAAAUUUAAAGUGGGCGGCAUUUCUAAUCUUGGCGCUAUCGGAAAGAUCUCUCUAUGGCGGGACUCGUCCAGCUUGCACGAUGGCUGGUUUGUUGAGUGGGUCAAGGUUCGAAACGUGCAUUCUUGUGGGGAAGAAUCCGACAGCUUUCCCAUAAAUAGAUGGGUGCGGCGAAACCGAAGUAUGGUCAUUACAAAGUAUGACUGUAUGCUACCGCAAUUUGAUGAGUACCAAGAACAAAGGACUCUAGAAAUCGUGGAAAAGAGAAAGAGUUAUGUUUUGAUAAGAAAAUCGCCGGGCAUGCCAAAACAGAUUGAAAAACUACCCAAGGAAGAGCAUUUUAGCAAUAGUUACAAGUGGGAUAUCCAGAGCACAAAGUAUCGCUUGUUUGCCCAGUCCAAACUUACAAAGCUUACUACGGAUUCAUGGCAAACUUUGGAAGAUUUGAAAAAUAUCUACGUGGGAAAGUUCAAGUUACCUGAGGGUGCAAGAUAUUGGAAAGAUGAUUUACACUUUGGUCGGCAGAGACUGCAAGGAUGCAAUCCGACAAUGAUACGUUUAUGCACAGAAAUUCCUUCAAACUUCCAGGUAACAGCAAAUAUGGUAAAGCCAUUUUUGGAAUCGCACACUUUGGAAGAUGCAAUUACUUUGAAGAAACUUUAUAUCAUCGACUAUAAAGAUAUAUUAAAUCUAACUUGCAUAGAAGAGAAAAAGAUCGCCAGUCCAAUAGCAUUAUUUUACGUAAAUGGUCAAGGAGAUCUAAUUCCAAUUGCUAUCCAGUUGUUUCAAGAACCAGCAGAAAAUAAUCCCGUUUUUAUCCCCAGUGAUCCGGAAUACACGUGGAUGCUAGCAAAAAUGUACUUCAAUAAUGCUGACUGCUCAUAUCAUCAGGCUUGCACACAUUUGGGUUUCACGCACUUAAUCGCAGAAACUGUUUGCAUUGGGACACACAGACAACUCUCUCCGUCUCAUCCACUAUUUCGAUUAUUGGCACCACAUUUUUUGUAUAUUUUGGCUAUCAAUAGUCUUGCGCUAAACAAGCUUAUUUCACCAAAUGGAUGGAUUGACAACACAAUGUCCUGUAAAGCAAGUGGAAUAUUUGAAAUUGUAAAAAAAUGUUGGAAAAAUUGGAGACUUAACGUGGAUGGUUGGCUACCAAACGAUAUAAUAGCAAGAGGAGUUGAUGACCUAAAAGCGCUUCCUAACUAUCCAUACAGAGAUGACGCUCUGUUGCUUCAUCAAGUUUUAUGGGAUUACGUACGCGAAGUGUUGCAGGCUCAUUAUGACACACCUCAAAAGCUAGCAAAAGAUUGGGAAUUACAAGAGUGGGGAAAAAUGUUGACAGAUGAGAGCGAGGGCCUUGGUUUAAAGGGUGUUCCAGGCAAUGGUGAUUUCGCAAAUCUCGAAGAUCUUAUCCAGACAGUGACAUCAGUGAUAUUUAUUUGCAGCGUUGGACAUGCUGCAUCAAACUUCCCCCAAUAUGAUGAAUAUGCCUUUCCCUUAAAUUACCCCCCGAUUCUUCGUGGAAAUCCUCCAACUGACAAGAUGGAGUUGUGUGAGAAAGAUAUUAUUGCCCAGCUACCCACAAAAGAUACAACAUUUAGCAUUAUGGUUGUCACGAAGAUACUUAGCGAUCGUGGUACAAACUCUCUUGGUAAUUUUGAAGUUCAGUAUAUGCACGAUCAUUCUGGCGUAAAAGCUGUUCAACGGCUUAGACAACGUUUAAUAGACUUGGGAAAAAUUAUCGAUGAAAGAAACAAGCAACGGAUUUACCCUUAUUUACAUCCACUGGAAGUACCAAACUCAAUCAGUAUUUGAAACUGACUUUUCCAAAAGAAACACCAAUAUAACACUAAACAAUUGUUAUUUAUAAAUAUGUAUAUCUGGCUUCAAAAUUGAAGGGUUAUGGUUUGCUCAGGUAAAAUAUUUCAUUGUAAUUUGAAUGUGUGAGCUUGUUUCAUGCUUCAGAGAGAAAAGUAUGUCAAUGGGUUUAGUGUACAAUUUGUCUUAGUCUAUUUAGAAAAUGUAAUUGUAUAAACCUAAUAUUCCAAUAAUCCACAGUGAUAGGGUGAUCUUGGAAAUUAUAUGUAACUCCUUUCAUAUACUAUGCAAAGUAUAUUUACCACAAAAUAUGUAAAGUUACCUUGCUUUUCUUAUAUAGCAGGGUAAAAUAAAAAAUACAUUAAAUAUAUGCUUAUCUUAUAAUACAAAACUUUAAAACAGUUGUUUAAAA